CAUUUGCCACAGCUGAAAGCUCAACGCAAAACCAGCCACCAUGAGGCUGUCAGUGUGCCUUCUGCUGGUCAUUCUGGCCCUUGCUUGCUACGAGGCCAAUGCAGUGCUCUGUCCAGCCCUUGCUUCUGGAAUGGUGGGCUUCUUGUUCGCUGAAAAGAAAAUAUUGAAGUUAGAACUUGCCAAAUUUGAGGCACCUAAGAAAGAUGUUGCAGCAAAGCUGGAAGUGAAGAAAUGCACAGAUCAGAUGUCCUUUGGGAACAGAAUGGAAAUUGAAAAAAUAUUGGGUGCCAAGAAGGAGAAGAGUCGGGGCCCAGGCAGGCAGUGA